GGAAGAAUGCCCAGUGGAGGCUCCAGCCCAGGAGCAGCUACACCCUUACAGGGGAGAGCUGAGGAGUCAGGAACCGGGAACAGAGGCUUACAGCUAUUGGAACCCUAGGGAGUGUCGGGUGCCAAGGAACCUGGAGACCCUGAUGCCACAAGGACUACUAUUGUUGGAGAACUGGUGGGGAGUGACCCAGGAAAGUAAGGGGCAGGGAAAACAGAAGUUCCCCAUUCUACCAUCUCCGAGUUUCUGCAGAAAGAGGAGUGACAAGAACCUCAGCUGAGGAUCCUGAGUCCUGGCCACUGAACCCUGAGAAACAAGAGCUCAUCACUUCAAGCUUGGGCUGUCCUGUGGUUUCAGUCGCACAGAUUUAUUGUUCCUAGACUCAACCAAUGGCAGACUGCAGAAACCAAACAGCCAUCACUGAAUUCUUACUCCUGGGAUUCGGGGAUCUCCCUGACCUACAAAUUCUUCUCUUCCUAAUUUUCCUAGUGAUCUACAUGGCAACCGUGGUUGGGAACACCCUCAUUGUGGUGCUCGUUGUGGCUGACCAGCAUCUUCACAGCCCCAUGUACUUCUUCCUGGGGAAUUUGUCCUGUGUAGAGACCUGCUACACCGCAGCCAUCGUGCCCCGGAUGCUGACCAGUCUCCUGACUGGGGACAAAACCAUCUCAGUCAGUGGCUGCAUCUUACAACUGUAUUUCUUUGGUUCUUUGGUGGCUACGGAAUGCUAUCUCCUAGCAGUGAUGUCUUAUGAUCGGUAUUUAGCGAUAUGUAAACCCCUGCACUAUUCAACUCUUAUGAAAAUUAGGUUUUCCUUCAAAUUGGCUGCUGGCUCCUGGUUAAAUGGUUUUUUGGCUCUUACCAUCUUAGUCUUAUUCCUAUCACAGUUAAUAUUUUGUGGCCCGAAUGAAAUGGACCAUUUCUAUUGUGAUGUCAUCCCAUUGAUGGAACUCUCAUGCAGUGACACACACCAGGUCAUUAUGGGGGAUUUCAUACUAUCCUGUGUAUUCACCCUGCCUCCAUUCCUACUAACCCUGACAUCCUACGUGUGCAUCAUCGCCACCAUCCUGAGAAUCCCUUCCACCACCGGGAGGCAAAAGACCUUUUCCACCUGCUCCUCUCACCUCAUUGUUGUGACAAUUUUCUAUGGAAGCCUAAUGAUUGUCUACAUGCUACCGAAACAUGAUACACUGAGAGACCUAAACAAAGUGCUCUCUCUUUGCUACACGGUCCUGCCCCCCCUGGUAAACCCCCUCAUCUACAGCCUGAGAAACAGAGAGGUCAAGGGAGCUUUGAGGAAAGCAGUCAGUAAAUGUGGCUUUCGCAAAAACGUGCAGAGACUCUGA